GGAGAAGCGCAAGACACGUUGGUUGCUGUUCGUGUGGACGUCCCCAGAACAGGAACAGGCCCCGCAGCUACCCACAGACAAAGCAGAUCGACCGCAGGCAGGUGUCUGUGCUCUCUUAACAAGCUAGAAGCAACCCUUUCCCCGAAAACAUGCCGUGCUCCGCAGUAGUCCCCGUGGAGGCUUCGUGUCAGCCCGAGAAGCGUGUGGACUCGCCGCGCACGUUUUGCAACUCCCCGUCGUCCAUCUCGGACGUCGAUUUCAGCCGCAGCUCGACGGACAAGGCGAUUCCAGUCAUCGACAAGAUUGACAACUCGAAAACAGAAUCAGGUGAUGAGCUUAAGGCUCAGGACGGUAUGCGUACCCUGCCCUCGGCAUCGGGUCCCCUUGAUAUUAAUAAGGCUCUUGCGCAUCCUGUGAGUAGCUCCCAGUCGCUCAAGCGCAAAGCUGAACAAGAGACUGAGAAGGAGCAACACCAAGUGACUAAGAAGAUCAAGACGCAGGAGAAGCAGCUUACGCCCGCUGAAGUAGACAGUGACUAUCUUCCUACUGACAUUUCGGAGGAUGAGGAGUGCCCGUAUGAGCAUCCCGAGUCCUCCGUAUCUCGUGAUGGCUAUGCUGAUAAUGGCUGUGCUCCUGGAUAUGAUUCCGCUGCUGAUGUUGAAUGUAGCAGCGAGUCGACGCGCCGCAGCCGCCGAACGCUCUACAUCGAGUACUGGAGCCGGACCGACGAGUGCAAGGAGCGCAAGUGGGACCACCUUGACGAGAUCGCCGAGAACUAUGGGUCUGCUGAGGAACACAUUUUUGCUACGACUCUGAAGGGUAGGACUGCGUUCCUGGAACCCAAUAUGUUUCCCUAUGACACUCCUGCAGGGAUCGAGCACUGGACGCUGUGGCACGUCAAGGAUCUGAACCAUGAGCAGGUGAAGAAGUACGUGGAGAACUGGAUUGAUGCCAACGCACCACAUGUGGCGAGGUGGAACUAUGAUGACAACCCGGAGAGGUCCAUCGAUAUCUUUCACGUGCACGUGUACUUCCAGGUGGCGGAGGGGCUUACAGUGCUACAAGAUCGCAAGGUUGAGGACCUGGUACAUGAACUGGACUGACUGGAUCCGCUAUCGUGUGUGCUACAGGGCUCAGGUCGCUCCUUCACCCCUCACUCUUUUACUCAAGUCCAUCGUAAGUUAUCUAGGUAAUAUUGGUGCUCUCUCGCUAGCCCGAAAUCGUUAUUUAUGCCCAAUGGUGGGAAUAGCCCAUGCUAUCGAACCAAGGCGAGGCAAGAGGCGAGUGGAACUACCAGCAUAACCAACCGGUAGCGUUGCAGUUUGCGUUGCAUCCUCAAACAAUAAACAUCGCAAUACACGUCUUUACUAAUAAUA